AUGCUUAUCAAGACUGCUCUCAUCUCUGCCUUCGUUUCCGUUGCAACUGCAUCUACGUGUCUCUAUACCAAACGCUGCUAUGGUAUCGCCUAUGGUGGUGGCUAUGUUUGCGGUCAAGAAUAUCCUGAUGGCGGUAGAGCUACUGGUAAAAAGGUAGCCUGUCCUGGCUUUGCUUUGUACGCUCACGAGUGCUGUGGAAUCACCAAGGCUGUCACGAAGGAAUGCAAGUGGUCUUACUGUGGUGGCUUCACAAUUGCAGGUCAAACUACUUGCAAUGACAGCUUCGGAUCCGGCUGGAAGUACAGUGGUAAAUACGAGCCUUCUGACUGUAAAUUCACCAAUUCAAGAGUCGAAUGUUGUAAAGAACAAUCAUACUAG